AUGGAGAUCAACUGGAGUAUGCCUCCCCCUCUGCGGUUCAUGAGACAAUGCCACGCUGACUGGAACCAGAAGAAGCUGUCUUGGAACUCCGUGGGGUUCCAAUUCACGACCCACGGUUGCUCGCUCUCAGCUGCGCUGGCUGAGUUCGCACAGUUCGGCUAUUCUUUAUUCCGCUUGUCCGGUGGUUUCAAUGCCCUCUUCGUCCACCGUGACGUUGCACCAUUCCUGGGAGGAGCAGAGGUUGAUGAGAUCUUCUGCUUCAACCGCGUCUGGCAGGACAACGUGCUGCGUUACCUCCAUUGGCGCCUCACUGACGACUGGCGAAGGGGCUCUGUGGAAGAUGCGUUGCGCCAUGCGUGGGGCAACUUCACUUGCUACGACUGGAUCUUCAACAUUUCUCACAUACCCUUUACGUUGGCUGUGUAA